CCUAGAUCCUUUCGCCAGACCACAGACGCUGGUCUUGGAGACAUACAAGCGAGCGUUUGACGCCACCUAAACUGCCUUUUCACAGAGUACAAAGCCCGGCGUAACGAAGCUACACGUACGGGAAUUUGGAGCUCACAUGAGAGGACGCAAUGCUGCCGCCACAUGUUCAGUAUAAUUCCGAGGAUACUUCCGCAACAAUGGUCGAAGCAGGGCUAACACCUUCGCAGACGCCGGCGUACAGUGCACGGAAGUGUCCAUGCACAGCGAUGGCAUUGCUGAAACUUGCGUUUGUGGUAUGGCUGAUUGUAACAGUGGGCGCCUUAACGUGCUUCUUGCUCUGGGGAAGGGAGUUUUCUACAAAUGCAGAACAGCAAAAGAAUGCUGCCGCAAGUGGCAUCACCAACCUUCGCUUAUUGGCUGCUGCUGAUCGCUACAUCACUGUCGGCUGGGACAAACUUACGGCUAACUUUGACUUCUAUUUGCUCGAUGUCACCUGCGGAAGUGGAAACGAUAGUCUUAAAGAAUGUCACACGGGCUCGUGUGGCAACGGUACGAUCAUUCCGGCCGAUCAGACUCAAGUCACCUGUGGCCCUUUUGAAGCGUGCUCCAGAAUAAGCGUCACCAUUCGCACGUUCAGCAGGGGACCACCGGAACGUACCUCAAUGGGAACCACCCUAAAUGACCUUUUCACACCCGGUCAAGGUCCAAGUGAACCGAGGAACAUCACCAUACAUGGCGAAGAGUCAGUAUACGGCACAACAAUUCAGUGGGAGGCGCCAACGAGAGUACAUGGCAUUCUGGACGUGUACAUGGUGAAAGUGUGCGAGCAUUUUACGAUGUGUGACCAAAUGCAAGGCUUAGGUAGCUGCCUGGAGCGUAGCACCUCCGAUGCAUGGGUGGAAUUUGAGAGCACCGAAGACACUCCGUACUGCGUCCUCAUCACGGCUAGUGCACGAUGCGGUGCGGACGUCCUGACCAGCGCAGCAGCCACGCAAGAAAUUAGAACGCCUGUGAUGGUGGAGUACUAGAAGCCAAGAUGUGGUUGACAACCUACCUCAUGUUUGUGUUUUGUUCUGGGUCUCGCCGAGUGAAUUGGUCCGGUGCUGAAAACUACGCAAUAAAAUGUGAUCCCCUGGUGCACUUAACCCGCUGCCA